AUGGAUAGCUUGUCCUUUUUUGAUAUUGAUGAUGAUCAUAAUGUUUUUAUAAACAAUAAUAAGACUUCAAUAACCUCUAUGGAUGUAUUUAACAAUUUUUUUAACACUCAAAACAAUAACAAAGAGAGAAUAACUAAAGAGAAUAUGUCAGAUUUAGAAGGCAAAGAGAAUGUAUCGAAUUUAGAAAGUGAAGAGAAUGUGUCUGAUUUAGAAAGUAAAGAUAAAGAAGAUACAGAACCUGCAUAUUCGUUAGUUGAAAUCAGGCCUUCGAAUUUUGAGAAGCUGUGGUUUGAACUUUAUAGUCAGGAAAAUAGUUUCACAUUUUGUGUAACUCAUAGCAACCAUGAUAAAGUUGAUAAAAAACCAAAGCGUCGUAUAUAUUUGUGUAUGAAAAGACAGAAAUAUAAAAAUGAUAAUAUAAUUCGAAUUUCAAGUAUUAUUGGAACACAUGACUAUGAAAUGGUUAAAAAUAUUAUGAUAACUGAACCAAGAUACCGGCAGUUAACAAAAGAAAUGAAAAACAAUGUUCAAUUACUUUCGUCUUGUGGUAUGCAAGCUGAAGUGAUUAUUGAGUGUAAGAAGUGUAUAGGAGGUAGUACGGAUAGUAUGUAUUUGAAGCUAAUUAGAAAACAAUGCAAUAAGCCUGGUUAUUAUAUUGAUGCAAAAUUUGAAGGGGCAGACAAUCACUUGGUGGUAUUUAGACAAUUAAUUUGUGAAGCAGAUAUUAAUAUUACAAGCGAGUCAGCAAUUUCAGCAAUAUCUAGUAAUCAGUUUGGAUCAUUUAAACAUAAUCUACAAGUUAAUUUUACACAACUUGAUAGCAUUCAUGAUCAUCAUGUUUUUACAAAUAAAGUUCGUAAAGAGAUGUCACAUAAGCAGCAAUAG